AUGGGCAGAUAUGAAGAAUCUCUUGCGGAUUUAAAUAAAUCAUUAGAAAUUAGACCAAACGAUGCAACUACAUUAUAUACUCGUGGAUUAACUUAUCAAGAAAUGGGCAGAUAUGAAGAAUCGCUUGCGGAUUUAAAUAAAUUGUUAGAAACUAGGCCAAACGAUGCAACUACUUUAAAUAAUC